CUCGGGGCGAGGGCUGGGCUCCAAAGAUGGCGGCGCCCGUCCUGCUGCGAGUGUCGGUGCCGCGCUGGGAGCGGGCGGCCCGGUGCGCCGUGUGCCUGGCCGGGAUCGCGCUCUCGCUCUACGCCUGCCACCUGGAGCGCGAGAAGGGGCGGGACCUCCACUACCGGGCCCUCUGCGACCUCGGGGAGCGCGUCCGCUGCUCCGCCGCCAUCGCCUCCAGAUGGGGUCGCGGCUUCGGCUUGCUGGGUUCCAUUUUUGGAAAAGACAGUGCAAUAAAUCAGCCGAACAGCGUCUUCGGGCUUGUCUUUUACAUACUACAAAUGUUACUUGGUAUGACGGCGAGUGCGGUGGCGGCACUGGUCCUGAUGACGUCUUCCAUCGUCUCCGUCAUAGGAUCCUUGUACCUGGCCUACAUUCUGUACUUUGUGCUGAGGGAGUUCUGCAUCGUCUGCGUCCUCACCUACCUGCUGAACUUCCUCCUCCUUAUCGUCAACUACAAACGACUAGUUUACUUGAACGAGGCGUGGAAGCGGCAGCUCCCGCCCAAGCAGGACUGAGACCCUGGGGAGCUUCUUGACUGACGGCCCGAAGGACCCAGCAUCCGUGUGACUUCUUUCCACCCUCAAAGGAAAUUUAAUUAUUAUUAUUUCUUCAUAUCGGGAUGCAUUUCCCCCUCCCCUUCCUUGAGAUCCGUUAAGAUGACAAAGAACCAGCGGCCCUUUUGAUAACUCCGGGGAAGUCGAGGCCAAGCUGUAACUCUGCCGCAAAGGGAUUCCAAGCUGCAAACUCUCCAUCCUUGCCCUGUUUUUCCUCCCGAGGUUUUGAGCUCACUGACUCUGGUUUGGGGUAUGUAAAUGUGGUUUUGGGUUCAGGGAGGGCCGCUGCGCGCCCAGGGAUCGUGGUCACUGUGCUAGACUUUAUAGGUGCCGUUACGGAACCCUCGCCCUGUGUUUACAUUGUGUGUAUGUGUAGCCGCGGGAUCCGGAUUUUCCCCUCAUAGACUCGGAUGCUCAUCCCGCCGAGAAGGGGACACAGCCUCCGCAAAUUGUGUGGCUCCUUGAGCAACUUGAAGAAGAAGCAGCAGCAGCUUCUCCUCGGGAGACUUCGUCAUUGUUGUUGUUCAAGGAAUUUAUUUUAAAACAAUGCAAAAUGAGCCUGUUUUCUCCGGGAAGCCGGAUACGGAAUUGACUAGCGGAGGUUCCUUUCUGAACCAGAAAACAGGCCACAGGACUCUUCUAUGUGCACGGAGGUCGGUCUGAUGGUUUGGUCCGGUUUCGGGCAGGAUUGCAUGCCAUUCCGUUCUGGGAAAUUGUACAGGGGCGGGUUUCGAGGGAUAGGAACCCAAGCAACUGCAGUCCGAAUCUUGUUUUCAGGAGCCAAGUCCCUCGCAGUCCAUUGGUGUCCUCCGCCGGGAUGGUUGGAUAGAACGACGACUAUACACUGGAACCCAGAAGCCUGCUGGCCAAGCAAUAGGCAGGAGAACCCUGGCCCCAUUGUACGGCUUUUGCAUGAAUCCCCCCAAUUAAGGCGGGACCCUUUCCCCUUCGUUUUGGCAUGAAGGCUUGCAGGAAGGACACUGCCGCAGAUGAUGCCUGUAGAGGUGGAGCAGUUGGGGGGUCUCUCCUGCAGGCGGUGGGGUGAAAUGGGGAAAAGUGGGUGCCCUUCCUCCCUCCCUCAUUUCCUUCUUUCUUUCUUCCUCCCUUCGCCUUCCUUCCUCUCUCCCUUCCUUCCUCCUUCACUCUCUCCCUUCCUCACUCUCUCCCUUCCU